CGUCUCGCUUUGAUGAUGCGGCGCUUUGAAAAGUCGCGUGUGCCUGAGCUGUAGUCGCGCGCAGGUGAAACUGAUCACACAUCCGGAAACCGCAGAUUUACGAUUAUUUUUUAAAUGAUGAUGAUGAUCACUAUUUAUUAUAUUAAGCAGUUUAUAGCGAAGUUAUGCGUGAAAGCUGGCUAACUGACGCUAGCUCUAUUACACAUUUAUCUUCAGCUCCUCGUGCUAGCCUGCUGCAGGGUUUCACCCAGCUAGCGUCACUGCUGGGAAGUCGUAAUUCCGAAAAAGUGGCAAGAAAUAUAUAAGAAUAUAUACAAAUAAAACCCUGAAGCCUGCUUAGAAAACAUCAGAAGGUGAAGAAGAUCUUGAUGGCUGCCUGUGAAGAACAGGGACGAGGGAGAGGAUCGGCUGCGCAGCCCUUUUAACCUUAACUGCUUAUGAACUGGCGCUGGGAGUUGCUCCAGUCUCGUCCUGCCCUGUUGGGUCGAAGGGCAGGGUACAGCACAGGGGGUUGGUUUGGCACCGUGGUUCGGAGAUAUGUCGGAGAACGAGGAUGCGGAUCACCCUCGCUUCUUCGUCGGUGCGGAUGAUGGAGAAGGAGAAGAGCUGCUGGACCCGGGCCGAGUGCUGGGCUACGACUGCCUCUACGAGAACGUCGAGGAGGAGGACGAGGAUGCGGAUGAGGAAGAGUACGACUCGCCUCCAGAGAGACAGAUCGUGGUGGGAAUCUGUGCCAUGGCCAAAAAGUCCAAAUCGAAGCCGAUGAAGGAGAUCCUGGAGCGCCUUUGCCUCUUCAAAUACAUCACAGUGGUCACGUUAGAGGAGGAGGUCAUCCUCAACGAGCCUGUGGAGAACUGGCCUCUGUGCGACUGUCUUAUCUCAUUCCACUCCAAAGGAUUUCCACUAGACAAAGCUGUAGCUUAUGAGAAGCUCAGGAACCCGUUUGUGAUCAAUGAUCUGGAUCUGCAGUACUGCAUUCAGGACAGGAGAGAAGUGUAUCGGAUCUUGAAGGCAGAGGGUAUCCAGCUUCCACGCUAUGCCGUCCUGAACAGAGACCCAGCCAGACCAGAAGAAUGUAACCUGGUUGAGGGCGAGGACCAUGUGGAGGUAAAUGGGGAAAUUUUCCAGAAGCCUUUUGUGGAGAAGCCAGUGAGUGCUGAGGACCAUAAUGUCUAUAUCUACUACCCCACGUCUGCAGGAGGGGGCAGCCAGAGGCUCUUCCGUAAGAUUGGCAGCAGAAGUAGUGUCUACUCCCCUGAGAGCAGUGUCCGGAAAACCGGCUCUUAUAUAUACGAAGAGUUUAUGCCUACAGAUGGGACUGACGUUAAGGUGUACACAGUGGGUCCAGACUACGCUCACGCCGAGGCCCGCAAAUCCCCCGCCUUAGACGGGAAAGUGGAACGAGACAGCGAGGGAAAAGAGGUGCGCUAUCCUGUCAUCCUCAACGCCAGAGAGAAACUGAUCGCCUGGAAAGUCUGCCUCGCUUUUAAGCAAACAGUGUGUGGGUUUGACCUUCUCCGUGCUAAUGGCCAAUCGUAUGUCUGUGAUGUGAAUGGCUUCAGUUUCGUGAAGAACUCCAUGAAAUACUAUGACGACUGUGCCAAAAUUCUGGGGAAUAUUAUCAUGCGAGAGCUAGCGCCUCAGUUCCAGAUUCCAUGGUCCAUCCCGCUGGAAGCAGAAGACAUUCCAAUAGUCCCCACCACCUCUGGGACAAUGAUGGAGCUCAGGUGUGUAAUUGCUGUGAUCCGACACGGAGACCGAACUCCGAAGCAGAAGAUGAAAAUGGAGGUUCGACAUCAGAGAUUUUUCGAUCUCUUUGAAAAGUUUGAGGGAUACAAAAGUGGAAAGCUGAAACUCAAAAAGCCAAAGCAACUUCAGGAAGUUUUAGAUAUCGCCAGACAGCUGCUGGUUGAACUUGGGCAGAAUAAUGAUACAGAAAUUGAAGAAAGCAAAGCCAAACUUGAGCAGCUGAAAACGGUCCUUGAGAUGUAUGGCCAUUUUUCAGGUAUUAAUCGCAAGGUCCAGUUAACGUAUCUUCCACACGGCUGCCCAAAAACCUCUAGUGAAGAGGAGGAUGUGCGGAGGGAUGACCCAUCAUUACUCCUGGUACUGAAAUGGGGUGGAGAGUUGACUCCUGCAGGCAGGGUACAGGCAGAGGAACUUGGUCGGGCGUUUAGGUGCAUGUAUCCUGGAGGACAAGGUGACUACGCAGGUUUUCCUGGCUGUGGCCUCUUGCGUCUGCACAGCACAUAUCGACAUGAUCUGAAGAUCUACGCUUCCGAUGAGGGACGCGUUCAAAUGACUGCAGCCGCUUUUGCAAAGGGACUCUUGGCCCUGGAGGGUGAGCUGACCCCUAUCCUGGUGCAGAUGGUGAAAAGUGCCAACAUGAACGGUCUGCUGGACAGCGACAGCGACUCUCUGAGCAGCUGCCAACAACGAGUUAAAGCUCGACUUCAUGAGAUACUGCAGAAGGACAGAGAUUUCAGCCCUGAGGACUUUGAAAAGCUGGCUCCCACUACCAGUACAUCACUCGUGAAGUCCAUGCAGAUGAUCAAGAACCCGGUAAAGACGUGCGAUAAAGUUUAUACCCUUAUCCAAAAUCUAACCCUGCAGAUAAGGCAGAGGAUGGAGGACCCCAAGUCAGCAGACAUCCAGCUGUACCACAGCGAGACUCUGGAGCUGAUGCUUCGUCGCUGGUCCAAACUGGAAAAGGACUUCAAGAUGAAAAAUGGACGCUACAACAUCAGCAAGAUCCCAGACAUCUAUGACUGUAUCAAAUACGACGUGCAACACAACAGCUCGCUCAAGCUGGACAACACCAUGGAGAUCUACAGGCUCUCGAAAGCUCUGGCUGAUAUCGUCAUUCCACAGGAAUAUGGUAUUUCUCAAGCGGAGAAGCUGGACAUUGCCAAAGGCUACUGCACACCACUGAUUCGCAAAAUUCGCUCCGACCUCCAGAGAACGCAGGACGACGACACGGUUAACAAACUUCACCCAGUUUAUUCCCGGGGAGUCAUGUCUCCGGAGCGUCACGUUCGCACCAGGCUGUACUUCACCAGUGAGAGUCACGUGCACUCGUUCCUCUCCAUCCUACGCUAUGGAGCUCUCUGUGAUGAGACCAAAGAUGAGCAGUGGAAGAGAGCCAUGGACUACCUGAAAGUGGUCAGUGAGCUGAACUACAUGACCCAGAUUGUGAUCAUGCUGUAUGAGGAUCCCAGUAAGGAUCCAUCUUCAGAGGAGCGUUUUCAUGUGGAGCUGCAUUUCAGUCCAGGAGCAAAAGGCUGUGAGGAGGACAAAAACCUGCCAUCAGGAUUUGGCUACAGACCAGCAUCUAGAGAGAACGAAGGCUCCAAAAAGAAGUUGCAGAACGACAGUGACGAGGAGACGAGUAAUAUAAAACGGGACGAGCCGGAUCGAGCCCUCGUCAUGUUCCGCCCCAUGGUUUCUGACCCCAUCUACAUUCACAGGAAGUCCCCUCUUCCUCGCUCCAAAAAGAUCGGCUCUGUAGAAGAAGAAAGCCCCCUGAGUGUGUCUAGCCCUGAGUCUAUUGGUACCUGGAUACAUUACACCUGUGGUGUUGGUACUGGGCGUCGAAGACGCAGAUCAGGGGACCAAAUAACUUCCUCCCCUGUCUCCCCCAAAUCACUGGCUUUCACAUCCAGUAUUUUUGGCUCAUGGCAACAGGUCCUUUCAGAGAACAACAGUCACACAAGGCCCGGCAGACUACACCCUGAUCAGAAGCUCACCGCUGGUAUAGGGUCUCAUUGUGCUGGCCUGUUUAGCACCAUGGUGCUGGGAGGUUCCUCCAGCGCCCCUAACCUACAAGAUUAUGCUCGCACACACCGUAAAAAGCUGACCUCUUCUGCCUUCUUAGAUGAGGCCACGCGUGGUUCUGCUGUUAAAAGAUUUUCUAUCUCGUUUGCGCGACACCCAACCAAUGUCUUUCCCAGUAUGUUCUGUGGCUUUGAGUUAUACUCCAUGGUUCCCUCCAUUUGCCCACUUGAGACCCUCCACAAUUCACUGUCCCUGAAACAAGUCGACGACUUCCUCGCCUCGAUUGCCACCUCCCAUGAUUCCCUGCUGGACAUGUCUGUGUGCUCACCAGCUGUUCAAGGAAAGAAAGCUCCUCUAAACACAUACACUCCUGCCAAGGUUUUACCGUGCCCCUUUACUCAGACUGCGGGAAAGAAGUCACCAGAGCGCACCGCAUCAGGCAGCAGAAGUUCUCCUUCCAGAGCGACCCGAUGGAGCAAAGGCGAUUCUGUUCAGCACCUUGCCUCGGGAGACGGAGCAUUACAGCAGAGCUCACCUCCGCGGUGUACAGAGAUCAACCCACCUGUUAAACCAAACACAGCUAUUGGCAUCCUGGUUUCCUCUCCACCAACGUCCUGUAAAGCCCAAUUUCACGCAGCCUACCAGGAAAACGCAGAUAACGAAGCCCUCAAUCAAGCCUGGACCGUCUCGUCCCAGCUCACACCUCCUCACACACGUGUCGGUAAAACCCAUCAGGUAUCGUGCAGUGAUGGUCCUGUCCAUACCACAGUCAAACAAACCAACACGGAGGACACGCCUGCACGAGAGGAUCACCACGAAGGCAAAAGGCAGCCGUGUUCUCCAACAGCAAUGAUGCAGAACUUCUCAACGACCGGGUUAAAAGACCCCAAAGCCAUGCUCGAUUCCACAAAACUGACCAAACCUUGAUUUUCACUGAAACAGUGAUGGCACUAUUACACACAACUCCUGUGAUUUCUCCCGUCCGAGAGACACACGGUAGACACUCGUAACACACUCGUCCUCCCGAUCCUGUCUCAGACACGCCCAAAUAAACAUGUAGUACGAUCUCGAACGUAUGCGCACAAAUUCAUCUCUCAUAUCUUAUAUGUAUAUUUGAGCGUAAACCCGACGGACACGGUCGCAUUGGAUGCAUUUAAUCGUCGUUUACUUUUAAUUAAUUGUGCUCAAACAGCACCUUUUUCAAUAUUGUAUUAUGAUCACGAUCCAAAGUCGAAUGUCAUGAAACCAAAAUUUCUAUUUUUUACACGUUAGAUGAAAUGUGUAUUUUAUUUGUCCUUCUCAUGUAGGUGCAUUUGAUUUGUCUGCCUUUUCUGAAAUUGUCUCAACGGAUGAUUUUCACUUAACUAAACGUGUGUGUGUGUGUGUGUGUGUGUGUGUGUGUGUGUGUGUGU